CCCCUUGGCGACAGCGAUGCUGCGCGGAGCUCUGUCGGAGUUGUCGUGUCUGAGGAAGAUUCCAGACUUUGCCACUGAAUUCUCUUCCCUGGAGACGUAGAAGGGGCAUGUCGGGUCAAAAACCGGCAUCUUUUCUUUACGGACGGCCAAGAACGGAAUGGUCAACACUUCCAACUCUCUCUCGAACCGACCACCGAAGUGUAGAGAAAGAUGGGUGUUCUAGCGGUAAGUACAAAUCUUGCUACAUUGUUGGUGUGACAUGCCUUUCUACAGUAUGUGAGGAACUGAGCAAACUGAACUUGGACAUGGCUGUUGCUGGUGUACAACCAGCUCAAGAAACACAUUGUACAGCUUCCUCUUGUUCAGCUGCUACGGAUGAUUGUGUGCUAUUCGGCUCCCAGUUGUCAAUUUCCAAGCCACAUUACCAUAAACAUUCAAGGAAAAAAUAUGAAAAGUCAUGUGGCACCCAAAUUCCUACGGCAUUAGUUACACCUCUUCCAGGCACCAGUCCACCCCAACAAGCAAAUGAGCAACCACCGGAUCAUCUGAUACACCAACAUAUCAAGCUUGAGCCUAAUAGUGGCAGAAAAGUAGUGCAACAAAGAGUGAUAGAAGAACCUCUGACAACCACUGAUAACACUGUUAAACUGACAGAAAAGUGGAAAGGUCUGAUUGACAUGAAGGAUGUCAUAUUGAAGCAAAAGAAUUUGCAGAUAGAAAGGCAGAAGAUGACUAUAUCAAAACUGCAACAACAUAUGUGUGAGCUAGAAGCAAAGCUCCAUCACCAAAUAGUGACCCACCGUCAUCAGCAGAGCACGUCCGUAUUAGAAGCAAGGCUGCAGGCUUUGGAUGCUGAAAACUCCUCAAUCAAGGCACAGUUAGCAGAUGCACUGUCCUCACAAAAUAAAGAACUUUGUACCAUCUCCAGCAAAUUGGAUUACAAGGAGUGUGAACUGCAUCGGGUCAUUACAGUCCAUGAAGAAUCCUUAGAGAGAAGUCAACAACUGAUUGCAAGCCUACAGGAUGAGGUGAUAUCCAGGUUUGCCAUCAAAGGCAUCAUUUUACACCUCACCUCUAUGAUUUAUAACUGACAAAAGCGAUGUAACUAUGAUGUUAUAUUGAAUAACUGACAAGAGCGAUGUAAUACUGAGAUCAAGGGGCAGCAAACCUGUAUUAGAGAACUCGAGCAAAAGUUGGCUGCCUCCGAUGCAGCCAUUGAACACCACAU